CGGCCGGCGAGGGGCCGGGACGGCGGGGCGCGUGCGGCGGUUUCGUUGCCGACCCGGCGGUCGCUCAGGGGGGACCCGCCGCGAUCCCGCUCCUUCGCCCACACCGAAGGGCGCAGCCGCGCUUCCCCGCAGCGGCUCCCGGCGCCCCGGGAACUACUAUCAUGGACAGGACCGCCGUGGCCAAGAUGGGAGCGGUGGCGAGCGCCAGCGUGUGCGCGCUGGUGGGCGGGGUGGUGCUGGCGCAGUACAUCUUCACCAUGAAGAAGAAGACGGGUAAGAAGACCAAGAUCAUCGAGAUGAUGCCAGAAUUUCAGAAGAAGACUGUCCAUAUUAAGGACCCAGCAAGAGUAGAGGAGAUUAUUUGUGGCCUCAUCAAAGGUGGAGCUGCCAAACUUCAGAUUAUUACAGAUUUUGAUAUGACAUUAAGUAGAUUUUCCUACAAUGGAAAAAGAUGUCCAACUUGUCAUAACAUCAUUGAUAACUCUAAGAUCAUCACAGAUGAAUGUCGGAAAAAGUUGUUGCAGCUGAAAGAAACUUACUAUGCCAUUGAAAUUGAUCCAGCUCUCACCAUUGAAGAGAAAUACCCAUAUAUGGUAGAAUGGUACCAUAAAUCUCAUGCACUGCUCAUUGAACAAGGCUUACAGAAGGACAAGUUUGCAGAAAUUGUAAGGGAAUCUGAUGUUAUGCUGAAAGAAGGGUAUGAGAACUUCUUUGAUAAGCUCAGUGAACAUAAUAUUCCUGUGUUCAUAUUUUCUGCUGGGAUUGGUGACAUUCUUGAGGAAGUAAUCCACCAGGCUGGGGUCUACCAUUCUAACGUCAAAGUGGUUUCCAACUUCAUGGAUUUUGAUGAAAAUGGAAUAUUAAAAGGAUUUAAAGGAGAAUUGAUUCAUGUUUACAACAAACAUGAUGGUGCCUUGAAGAACACAGAGUACUUCAAACAGCUAAAAGACAACAGCAAUAUCAUACUGCUGGGUGAUUCUCAAGGAGACUUGAGUAUGGCAGAUGGAGUAGCAAAUGUUGAGCACAUUCUUAAGAUUGGCUAUCUCAAUGAUAAAGUAGAUGAGCUUUUGGAAAAAUACAUGGACUCUUAUGAUAUUGUCUUGGUGAAAGAUGAAUCCCUGGAAGUUGCCAACUCCAUUCUACAGAAAAUCCUGUAAAUUGCAGUCUCAAGUCACUCCAUUCCUUCCAGGAGGCAACUGGACAGAAGAGCACACAUGUGCUAUCUUAGAUGUGUUUAUUAUUAAUUUACAGAACUGUUUGAUUUAAUUUAAAACUUUUAUCUUCAUUUUGGUAUUAUGGAAUAUAUAUUGUAUCAAUUACCAACUACAAGCUCCUUUUACUGCAAUUUCACUGUUCUUUAUUGUCUCACACUCCUGUUAUAACGAGAUCUAAAUUGGAUUUAUAGAUGUGAUAAACUGCUGCUGAUGGGAUACUGUGGUUCACUGUCCUUUUUAAUCAGGCCUUUCGGAGCAGCAUUUUAGAAAACGUGGCUAUUUUGUACAAUUGAAGGUGUAAAUACUCUGUAAAGAGAGUGUGCAUUUGUUGCCUUUUCAAAGACAUUUCAGUCUCAGCUGUACUUUGAAGGAUCUUACUCAUAUGCUACAUAAUUUCACACUAGUUUUUCAUACAUAUAUUUUUCAUCAGUAAAAAUGCUUUUAUUCACCCAAUUCAGGCAAAGUGUUUCUUUUUCAUUCUCUAUCCAUACUGUUUCUUCAUCCUCUGUGAAAUGGGAAGAAUGUUUUAAGUUAGUGUGUCUGAGAUAAAUUUUCUCAUCUUUGUAACAACAGAUAGUUUCACAAGCUGAUAAUCCACAGCCUGCCCUGCAAUGACCAGGCUGCUCACAGUCCCAUCCAACCUGACCUUGGAUGUUUCCAGGGAUGGGGCAUCUUCCACCAUGCUGGGUGACCUGUGCCAUUUUCACCACCCUCACCACAAAAAAAUCUUUUGAAAGCUUUUCCCCUGUACUGAGCACAUUACAGCACCUCUCAGCAUUGUGUACAGAGUACAGCUUAAUACAGCCACAAUUUCAGAAGCUUGCUCAGAUAUGUUGUAGCAUGAGUUAAAGAUGAUGUUGUGACCCUGCUCCUGUGAGGUCUGGGCUGUACUAAAUCUGUUCAUUAAUAAAAGAGAGCAAAUCAUGCAACUCCCCUAAUGUGCAAUAUAAUCAUUGUUCCCCUUUGCUUUCUUUUAUACAGAGCAGAAACUGUGCCACCUUCCGUUCCCUGAGGAACUGUAAUGAAAAUGUGGGAGAUUUUAGAUCUGCAUUCUUUUCCACCAGAAUUAAAACACAUAUCAAGAAA